GUCCUCACAUUAAUUAGCUUCCAUAGACCUUGGAUGCUAUGCUAGCUAACUUCCUUCAAGGUUACUCAUUAAAACCAGCUGCUGAGCCCAAAUGAGUUUGGACACACUCUUUCAUCAAAUUCUUUUAACUGAGCAACAGUUAGCAGAACAAACACAAAAAAUCAAGGAUGUCAAAGUAGCCAUCAUCAGGUGCAAUGAGAAGAUAAAGAGUGCUACUGAAAAGUAUGAGGAGAGCAAAGAGGAACUUGAUGUAAAGGCUCAGCGGGUGUCUGCAGUGAAGCUGCAGCAUGACCUGGCGAAGAAAUAUGAGGACCAGAUGUUAAAGCAAAUUGAAGAGCUGCUCCGUCGGAAGAGCCACCUCAGGGAGCAUCUAACCAAGAUAAAGACGGUGGCUAAAGAAGAAGAGAAAACCUUUCUUCAAGAGAUCUCAAGGUUCAACAGUGACUUCAGUCUUCAGGGGAACAGAGAGACCGUGUCCAAGAGCCAAACACACACUGUGCUCCUGGACCUGGAGAAGGAGGUGGAAUCAAUAUACAAAGAGAUGGAGUUGAUGAGCUGCAGGAACAGUUACGUCUGCUCCACGGAGGAGGAGAAGAGAGUACUCCUGCUUGAACUACAGAGCCUGGAUAAUAUAGAGAAAGACCUGGAUCGGCAGCUGAGCGAGGCUGAAGCAAUGACAGAAUCUCUGAGAUUGGAGAGCCAGUUUGUCAGUCAGAAACCUCACAGUGACAGCUCCUGUCUGAGGCUGAGGAGGAGCCUGGAGGUGGAGAUGCACAGAGAAGGAGAACUUGAGCAUCUGCGAGAGGAGCUAAGCUCAGAGAUACAGCUCCUGCAAUCAAAGCUGGACAGCAGCCCAGGGCCUGAGCGGCAUUAGGAUCCGUGAUGAUUCACCUGGCUGUCUCUUAUGUUCAAAGACAAAUAUGCUGAUGAAUAAGAAGGCAAGAAUUAUAUUUGUUUUUCUAUAUGUGUAUCAAAUAUUUACUUAAUGUUAGUCCUUACACUUAUGUACCUCAUUGUUUUGGGAUAGAGGGAAAAACAAACAUUAAAAUCUGUCUGUUUAAGCCCUGUUUAUACCUCCCACAGGUUACAUUAAUGAGAAUCAUAUUUUUUAUUUAACCAUACACAA